AUGUUCACUGGUCUUGUUGAAACAAUUGGAACUGUCUUGGAUUAUUCCCAACACGAUAACACAGAAACAGGCGGCAAUGGUGUUUCAAUUACCAUUGGCAAUUGUUCGGAGAUUUUAGAAGAUGUCAAGUUAGGGGAUUCCAUCUCCACAAAUGGGGUUUGUUUAACCGUUACUGAAUUCAACCCAGGAAGAACAUUAUUUAAAGUUGGUGUGGCUCCCGAAACACUUCGUAAAACCAAUUUGGGUGAUUUGAAACAUGGUGCCCCAGUCAACUUGGAAAGAGCCGUUACCAGUGAAGUGAGAUUAGGUGGACAUAUUGUACAGGGCCACGUUGAUACUAUAGCUACAAUUGUUGGUAAGAAACCAGAUGGUAAUGCCAUCACUUAUACUUUUGAAUUGAGGGAUAAAGAAUUCAUCAGCUACAUUGUUCAUAAAGGGUUCAUUGCCAUUGACGGUACUUCUUUGACUGUCACCAAUGUUAAACCAUCCAAGGGUCAAUUUUCCAUAAUGUUGAUUAGCUACAGUCAAGAAAAAGUUAUAUUAUCCAAGAAAGAAGUCAAUGACACUGUUAAUAUUGAAGUUGAUUUGACUGGUAAAUUGAUCGAGAAACAAAUCGAAGUCAAUUUAACAGCUCAAAUAGAAAACGAUGAAAGUCCAUUAAACAAAUUGAUCACUUCUCUAGUCGAAAAGAAAGUCAAAGAAUUCAUUAAAUAA